UCCCAAAGUAUAAGUGCAUCUUUGGAGUUGAGAAGAUGAUAUAGUAUUUACUCUUUGUACUUUGAUUGCACUUUGGGUUUUGAACCAUUUUUAGACCCACCACCCACAACUUUCUUUCUUCUCUUUCUCUUCACUUCUCCUCCUAUUAUUUUCCAUAAGGGUGGUGGUCUAACUAUUUUUAUCUGCAAAAAUGGAAGGUUGUUGCAAUGAAAGACUUGAUUUUGGAAAAAUGGGUUAUGGAUGCAAGCACUAUAGGAGAAGAUGCAAGAUUAGAGCCCCUUGCUGCAAUGAGGUCUAUGACUGCAGACAUUGUCACAAUGAAGCCACGAGCAUGUUGCGUAAGAUUUUUGAUAGGCAUGAACUAGUUCGACAAGAUGUUACACAGGUCAUCUGCUCAGUUUGUGAUACCGAACAGCCAGUUGCUCGCGUUUGUACGAACUGUGGUGUCAAUAUGGGAGAAUACUUUUGUGAAGUGUGCAAAUUCUAUGACGAUGAUACUCUUUUAGCCAUUACAUUCCCGAAAUGCUUAUUCUGGACUCGCCCGUUACAGAUAGACAAAGGGCAGUUUCAUUGUGAUGAUUGUGGAAUCUGCAGAGUUGGUGGUCGGGAGAACUUCUUUCAUUGCAACAAGUGUGACUCUUGUUAUUCAGUUAGUCUGCGUAAUAAUCACUCGUGCGUGGAGGACUCCAUGAGGCAUCAUUGCCCGAUUUGUUACGAAUUUCUCUUUGAUUCUCUGAAAGACACAACUGUAAUGAAAUGUGGGCACACAAUGCAUACAGAAUGCUACCACGAGAUGAUAAAGCGUGACAAAUACUGCUGUCCAAUAUGUUCUAGAUCAACUUUAGACAUGACCAAAGCUUGGAAAAGAAUGGAUGAGGAGAUCGAAGAGACAAUCAUGCCUGAAGAUCUUAGAUAUAAGAAGGUCUGGAUUCUUUGUAAUGACUGUAAUGACACAACUGAAGUAUAUUUCCACAUAAUCGGGCAGAAGUGCAGACACUGUCAAUCAUACAACACCCGUAUGAUUGCACCUCCUGUUCUUCCUCAAUAGCAACUUCCUACUCCAUAAAAAGUGAUUGUUUGCGCUGCUGAAACUUGGUGCAGCGGACGUGAAACAGAAGAAGUUUACGGUGUUACCUUCAUUAUUAUUACUAUUAUUAAUUCUUUGGUGUCAUGUCUGCAUAUUAUUCAUAGCCAUUGCAAAUUACAACACAACUUUACUUUUUUUGCAAUGUGGACAUUAUUUUUCUCUCUCCAAGGAUGUGAAGAGUAAAACUCAACUGUGUUGAUUUAGUCACUCAUUCAGGACUAUGUACACAUAUUAUCAAGGGGACACUUUUGAGAUUCAAAAAUGAGAGAGAAACAAAUUUGCAUUCUUUCUUUAAUGAGAUAUAUCCUUAAUCUCUCUA